AUGGAGACGUCUUCAAUACAAGAACCAUUCGACCUCAUAAGACUCUCUCUCAGCGAACGCGUCUUUGUAAAGCUCAGAGGAGACAGAGAACUGACGGGAAUCUUACAUGCUUACGACGGACACAUGAACCUUAUAAUGAGUGAUGUUGAAGAGACGAUUAUGAUUGUAGACGAAGCUACGACCGCUGUCAAUGUGCGCGAUGACGACCAUGAGAUUUCCAGGCUAAUUAUUGAGCAGGUUGCAAAAAGAAAAGUAGAGAUGUUGUUUGUCCGUGGGGACGGCGUUAUAUUGGUCAGUCAUCGAAAUUCUGUCCUGUGUGCCUUGCCGCUCAAAUCGAAGCAGGUUUCUCCUCCGUCGCGAACGUGA